UUCUUCCUCUUUCGUUUCGACCACGUGCUGAAAUUGGUGGUAAUGUCCAUAGCGUGUCCAAAUUUUUGACGAAACUCAUGUAACAAAAUGUCGGAAACUUCAGAGGACGAGCAGGCGCAGCUGCAAACCAGCGACGAAGAGGAGCUAAGUGGCGAGGAGGAGCAGGAAGAUGAAUCGGCAGCGGAAGGUGAAGAAGAUGAGGAUGACGAUGAGGCGGCCGAGAGUGGCGCCGAUGGUGCCGCCAGUGGCUCCUCCGAGGUGGAGGACGACGCAGCCGAUGAUCAGAAGCUGACCUGGAAAGAUCUCGGACUCAAUGAGACUUUGUGCCAGGCCUGCGAAGAAUUGAAAUGGAAGGCCCCCUCGAAGAUCCAACGCGAGGCCAUUCCGGUGGCGCUGCAGGGCAAGGAUGUGAUUGGCUUGGCCGAGACUGGUUCCGGCAAGACGGGAGCCUUCGCCCUGCCCAUUUUGCACGCCCUUCUCGAGAAUCCACAGCGAUAUUUCGCCCUGGUGCUAACGCCCACGAGAGAACUGGCCUUCCAAAUCGGCGAGCAGUUCGAAGCGCUUGGCAGCAGUAUUGGCAUCAAGUGCUGUGUGGUCGUCGGCGGCAUGGACAUGGUGGCCCAGGGUCUGCAGCUGGCCAAGAAGCCGCACAUCAUCAUAGCCACACCGGGUCGCCUGGUCGAUCACCUGGAAAAUAUGAAGGGCUUCAACCUGAAGGCCAUCAAAUACCUGGUCAUGGACGAGGCGGAUCGCAUUCUCAACAUGGACUUUGAGGUGGAGCUGGACAAGAUCCUGAAGGUGCUGCCGCGCGAGCGUCGGACAUUCCUGUUCAGUGCGACCAUGACCAAAAAGGUGAAGAAACUUCAGCGAGCCUCGCUCAAGGAUCCGGUGAAGGUUGAGGUCUCCAAUAAGUACCAGACGGUUGAGCAGUUGCAGCAGUCAUAUCUAUUUAUUCCCGUUAAAUACAAGGAUGUCUACCUCGUGCACAUCCUUAACGAACUGGCGGGCAACAGCUUUAUGAUCUUCUGCAGCACCUGCAAUAACACUGUUAAGACUGCCCUGAUGCUUCGGGCAUUGGGAUUGGCAGCCAUUCCCCUGCAUGGCCAAAUGUCGCAGAACAAGCGACUGGCGGCCUUGAACAAAUUCAAGGCGAAGAAUCGUUCGAUCCUCAUCUCCACUGACGUGGCGUCCCGCGGCCUGGACAUUCCCCAUGUGGAUGUGGUCGUUAACUUUGACAUACCCACGCACAGCAAAGACUACAUUCAUCGUGUGGGAAGAACUGCGAGAGCGGGUCGCUCCGGCAAGGCCAUCACCCUAGUCAGCCAGUACGACAUUGAGCUGUACCAGCGUAUCGAGCACCUGUUGGGCAAGCAACUGCCCCUGUACAAGUGCGAGGAGGACGAGGUCAUGGCCCUUCAAGAGCGCGUGGCAGAGGCUCAGCGCACCGCCAAGCUGGAACUGAAAGAUCUUGAGGAUACAAAGGGUGGCAGAGGCCACAAGCGCGGGGGCGACAACCACGACGAUUCGGAGCACUUCACAGGAGCCCGCAAACGAAUGAAGCCCAUGGGUGGUGGUAAUGGUGGAGCGAGCAGAGGAGGGGGUGGUGGUGGUAAAAAGAGCUUUGGGAAGAAAAACUGGAGCAAAGGCAAACAGAAGAGAUAGUCUAGACUUUACUUAUAGGUUGGUCUCGACUUAAAUUAGUGCUACUGUAGUUCUUAAUAAAAAUAAUUAUAAUGAAA